AUGCUUCGUUCUCAGUGGCGAUUUGCUCUCUGGGGUGAGUGCGCGGACCACCAAAAGCCUCCACGUUCUCUCACCUCGUCAGCACUGUGGGUUUCCAGCGGCGUUGCCAUGCAAGGCUUCGAUCUCGUUGCCGGAGGUCAAUUGGCCGCAUUGCCCGCAUUCCAGAAGCAGUUCGGUAUCCUGCAGCCGUCGGGGGACUACCUCAUCCCGGCGCGGUACCUUUCGGCCUGGAGCUCGAUUGCCCCGGCUUGCGAGAUCGCGGCCACCUUUGUCGUUGUUCUCUCCCUGGAGAGGUUUGGUCGCAAGCCGGGGAUCUUGGUCGCCAUGGUGAUAUCUGUUGCCGGUGUCCUCUUGCAACAGUUGGCGACGGAUUGGCAAACACACCUAGCUGGUAGGGGGGUCAAUGGAAUUGCUAUCGGUAUCAUGUUUACUAUAUCCCCCCUCUGGAUUGGCGAGACAUGCCGGCCGGAGCUACGAGGCUUUUUUCUCUGUUUCUUUAAUACUAGCAUCGUCCUUGGUCAGUUUGCAAUGUGCGUAUUUCGUUUCCCUUGAGACUGUGGCUGCUGCUGCUAAG